UUGUAUAUUCGCCUUACAUUAAUGGUUCGAAAAUUAAAAUAUCACGAGAAAAAGUUAUUGAAAAAAGUUGAUUUUAUAUCCUGGGAAUGUGAUAAUAAUAUACAUGAAUUAAAAAUAAUGAAAAGAUAUGGUGUCAGAAGUAGAGAGGAUUAUACUAAAUAUAAUUUAUUGUCUCGCGAAAUUCGAGAUUUAGCCAGAAAAUUUAACGACUUAAACGAUGAUGAUCCCUUAAAAAUUAAUGGGACUGCUCAAUUAUUAGAUAAAUUAUAUGAAAUGGGUUUGAUCUCACAUAAAUCCACAUUGGAAGUAGCAAAUAAAAUUACUGCUUCAUCCUUCUGUAGGAGAAGGCUGCCUUGCAUGAUGGUUAAAAACAAAAUGUCAGAAAGAGUGAAAGUUUCUACCCAAUUUAUUGAACAAGGACAUGUUAGAAUUGGAACAGAGCUCAUUUUGGACCCUGCAUAUUUUGUUACAAGGAGUAUGGAAGAUUAUGUAACAUGGGUGGAUUCCUCUAAGAUAAAACAACACAUUUUAGAGUACAAUGAUAUGAAAGAUGAUUUUGAAGGCGUAUGAAGAAGCUGUUAUAAUUCCUUUUAUUGUACAUUACACACAAUAUGGAUACUAUAUAUAAUCAUGUUAGAUUUAAUAAACGAGCCACGGUUACCAAUAAAUUUUUAUCGACAUUCAUUCACGAUGACAAUGGUAUAAAUGCAUAGUGUUAUGUAAGCCAGUCGCGUCUUUAGGGAAAUCAAUUUGAACAAUCUAAAAGAAUUUUUUUUUAGAACGUCUAAAUGAUAAGAUAUAAAGAUUUA